CUCCGCGACUCCUCGCUGGGGGCUCGGCCUGGCCGGCGGGACCGCCCCGGACGCGGACGCAGGUGGCCGCGGCGUGGGACCCCGGACGCCCCGCGGAGCUGCGGGAUCGAUCGCAGCGCCGGCAGUUCCAUGUCUCCGGCCGCCGAGGCCCCGCCGGGCCGGGCAGCAGCAGUCCGGGGCGGCCUGGCGGGCGCCGGGGCGCAGUAGCUGACCGGGGUGGGGGCGCGGCCAGACCCGACUCCAGCCCCGGCCGGAGUAAGUUGCUGCCGCCGGCGAAGCGCGCGCCAUGCCCGCGAUCAAGAAGGAGUUCCCGGGCCGCGAGGACCUGGCCCUGGCUCUGGCCACGUUCCACCCGAGCCUGGCCGCGCUGCCGCUGCCGCCGCUGCCCGGCUACCUGGCGCCACUGCCCGCGGCCGCGGCCCUCCCCCCGGCCGCCUCGCUGCCCGCCUCGGCCGCCGGCUACGAAGCGCUGCUGGCCCCGCCGCUCCGCUCCCCGCGCGCCUACCUCAGCCUGCCCGGGGCCGCCCCGCACCUCCACCUGCCCGGGGACCCGCGCGCCCUCGAGCGCUUCUCGGCCACCGGGGCCGCGGUCCCGGAUUUCCAGCCGCUGCUGGACAACGGCGAGCCGUGCAUCGAGGUGGAGUGCGGCGCCAACCGCGCGCUGCUCUACGUGCGCAAACUCUGCCAGGGCAGCAAGGGCCCGUCCAUCCGCCACCGCGGCGAGUGGCUCACGCCCAACGAGUUCCAGUUCGUCAGCGGCCGCGAGACGGCCAAGGACUGGAAGCGCAGCAUCCGCCACAAAGGGAAAAGUCUGAAGACGCUGAUGUCCAAGGGGAUUCUGCAGGUGCACCCUCCAAUCUGCGACUGCCCGGGCUGCCGAAUAUCCUCCCCGGUGAACCGGGGGCGGCUGGCGGACAAGAGAACAGUCACCCUGUCGGCCACCCGGAGCCUGAAGAAGGAGCGGACCCCCAGCUUCUCUGCCAGCGAUGGCGACAGUGACGGGAGUGGCCCCACCUGUGGGCGGCAGCCGGGCCUGAAGCGGGAAGAUGGCCCGCACAUCCACAUCAUGAAGAGAAGAGUGCACACCCACUGGGACCUGAACAUCUCCUUCCGAGAGACGGCCUGCAGGGGGUCAGCCUCUCUGGUCUUGUUCUGCUCCAGCGUCCACCGCAGCCGCCACCUCGUUAUGCCGGAGCAUCAGAGCCGCUGUGAAUUCCAGAGAGGCAGCCUGGAGAUUGGCCUGGGACCCGCAGGUGACCUGUUGGGCAAGAGGCUGGGCCAUUCCUCCCAUAUCAGCAGUGACUGCUCUUCGGAGAAGAGGGCACGAAGCCAAUCCCCCCAAGCAGAGGCACUGCUGCUGCCCCCGGAGCUGGGGCCCACCAUGGCCCCGGAGGACCAGUACCGCCGGCUCGUGUCGGCACUGAGCGAGGCCGGCACCUUUGAGGACCCUCAGCGGCUCUACCACCUGGGCCUCCCCAGCCACGAUCUCCUGAGGGUCCGGCAGGAGGUGGCAGCCGCAGCUCUGAGGAGCCCCAGUGGCCUGGAAACCCACCUGCCCCCCGCCACGGCAGGUCAGCGUCGGAAGCAGGGCCUAGCUCAGCACCGCGAGGCCGCCGCCCCGGCCGCCGGCCCGUCUUUCUCGGAGAGGGAGCUGCCGCAGCCGCCCCCCUUGCUGUCGCCGCAGAAUGCCCCUCACAUCGCCCUGGGCCCCCCUCUCAGGCCCCCCUUUCUGGGGGUGCCCUCGGCUCUGUGCCAGACCCCAGGCUACGGCUUCCUGCCCCCCGCCCAGGCGGAGAUGUUCGUCCGGCAGCAGGAGCUCCUGCGGAAGCAGAACCUGGCGCGGCUGGAGCUGCCCGCCGACCUCGUGCGGCAGAAGGACCCGCAGCUGCUGGCGCCCGAGGCCGCCCUGCGCCACGCCGACGGCGCCGAGGAGCUGCAGCGGCGCGGGACCCUGCUGGUGCUGAACCACGGCGCGGCGCCGCUGCUGGCCCUGCCCCCCCAGGGGCCCCCGACCUCAGGACCCCCCACCCCCUCCCGGGACCCAGCCCGGCGAGCUCCCCGGAAAGGGGGUCCCGGCUCUGCCUCGGCCCGGCCCGGCGAGUCCAAGGAGAUGACGGGGGCCAGGCUUUGGGCUCAAGAUGGCUCCGAGGACGAGCCCCCCAAAGACUCGGACGGAGAGGACCCCGAGACGGCAGCUGCCGGAUGCCAGGAGCCCGCUCCGGGCCAAGCUCCAGCUGGAGGGGCCGGCGCUGAGGGGAAGGGGCUUUUCUCAGGGUGCACACUGCCCCCUUCGCUGCCCCUGGGCUUCCCUUAUGCCGUCAGCCCCUACUUCCACACAGGAACCGUGGGGGGACUCUCCGUGGAUGGGGAGGAGGCCCCAGCCCCUGAGGACGUCAGCAAGUGGACCGUGGAUGAUGUCUGCAGCUUCGUGGGGGGCCUGUCUGGCUGUGGAGAGUACACGCGGGUCUUCAGGGAGCAGGGCAUCGACGGGGAGACCCUGCCACUGCUGACAGAAGAGCACCUGCUGACCACCAUGGGGCUGAAGCUGGGGCCCGCCCUCAAGAUCCGUGCUCAGGUGGCCCGGCGCCUGGGCCGCGUCUUCUACAUGGCCAGCUUCCCUGUGGCUCUGCCGCUGCAGCCACCAACCCUGCGGGCCCCGGAGCGGGAACUUAGCACAGGAGAGCAACCCUUGUCCCCCAGGAACGCCACUUCCCCCUAUGGAGGGGGCCAUGCCUCUGCCAGCCACGCUUCGCCCAAGCAGGAGAAUGGGACCCUGGCCCUGCUUCCAGGGGCCCCUGACCCACCCCAGCCUCUGUGUUGAGGUGGCCAGGGGUCGGGGGGCACACCAACUCCCAGGAGCCACCACGUGAAGCAAUGGCCCUGCCUCCCACAGCUUUAUUUCUUUUGGUUUGGGAUGCAAAAAAGAAAAGCACUUCAAGGGAAAAUGUGACUUCAAAGGAAACAAACACAUCUCCAAAGAUGGGGUAGGGGUGACCGCAGAGCCUGGUGCUGAUGAAUGAGGUCUGCAGACCUAGGGCAGAGGAGGUGGAAGGGGUCUCCAAGCCUCCCCAGGAACUGGUCUGUAUCCUGAUGUCAAGGUCAGCUUCCCCUGACACCCCAACAGCGCACAGCUGUGGGGCUCUGGCAGGAGGCAGGCCGCCACCCAGGGCGUCAGGGCUUCCACACUGAAAAAUGAAUAAAGCCUGUCCACUCUC